AUCUGGAUAGAAAUGAAGAAACGGAGCAUCGUGUCGAGGAAACAUCUAGUACAACUACUGUUUUACCACAAAAGCGUGUUAACAAACCUAAUGCACCAUCUCCGAAAACUCUUGAAAUAGUUUCAGUAGGGUCAUUUGUUGCUUUAAGUGGUUAUUAUUUGGAUAAGACGGCCUUUAUCUCUAAGAUAGAGGAUCUUAAUGCUCCUGCCAUACUCUCCCUACGUCCUCGUCGUUUCGGAAAAACACUAUUCCUCUCUACUUUAUCCUCUUAUUAUGACAUAAAAAACAGAGAACGAUUCGAACGACUUUUCGGGAAUUUAUACAUUGGCAAAAACCCUACAAAAUUAGCAUCCUCAUUCCUCGUUCUGGAACUCAAUUUUGCUGGACUUCGCACUAACGAAACGUAUGAAAAUUUUAAUGCAAACUUUCAUGCGAUUUUGAAUACAGAUAUAUCAAAGUUUAUGUACCGAUAUAAAAAGGAAUUAGGAAAUCAUUUUGAAGUCAUUGAUAUAAAAGAUGAUGCUUUGGUGAAUUUCAAGAAGUUACUGGACAUGGUGGAAUUGAGUGAUAACAAGCUCUAUGUUUGCAUCGAUGAAUACGAUGCUG